AUGCAGGAGCAGGGUAUUGAGGCCGGACCGUUUGGCUACAGCGCAGCAGUUCGCGCACUGGGCCGCCAGCGACAGUGGGAGGGCGCGGUGAAGCUCUUGGAGGAAGCCUCUGAGCGAGGCGUGCAGGCUGACACCGUCUUGUUUAGCAGCGCCAUGAAAGCGUGCGAUUUGGACUGCGACAGGGUGCUCGACCUCUUCGCCGCGAUGAGGGAGUCCAACAUUGAUGCGGACAUGCAGAGCUACGGCAUUGUCAUAGGGUCAUGCUGCUACGGCCAGGAUUGGCCGCAGGCUCUGCGUCUUCUUAUUGAUGCCCGCGAUGAAGACCUCGAGCCGAAUGCUGUGACGGUCUCCGCGGUCAUGCAGACACUCACCCGCAACGACCAGUGGGAGCGGGCGCUGCAGCUUUGGCAGGAGUUUGGCGAGGCUGAGCUGAAGGUUGAUAGCAUCUCCUUCACCACGGCAAUCCAAGCCUGCGCGACCGGGAAAUCCUGGCGAGGGGCUUUGCAGCUGCUCUCCGACAUGCACCGCGAGGACCUCAAUCCGGGAACUGUGCCCUGCAGCGCAGCCAUGGCGGCAUGCUGCCGCGUUCAAGAGUGGGAGGUGGCCCUCGAGCUCUUUCGAAGCGCUCAGCAGUCUGGGACCUCUCUGGAUGCCGUGAUCUACACGGGGGCCAUCCAGUCCUGCGGGGCAGGACAAAAGUGGGAGACCGCGCUGAGCUUGUACGACGAGAUGGAGGCGCCCCACCAGCGAGCUCAUGGUGCGGUGGUCGCCGCGCUGGGCGCGGCCGGGCGCUGGCAGCGCGCGUUCGUCCUCUUUGGUGAGAUGGCUGACAGGGAGCUUGAGAUGGAUGUGGUCGGCUACAGCUCGGUGAUCACGGCGGCCGAGGUCUCGAAAAAGUGGCCCUGGGCGCUGCACUUCUUGCAGGAGAUGAUGGAGGAGGAAGUUCAGCCGGACACUGCUGCGUACAACUCCGCUAUCUCCGCUUCCGAGAAGAGUGGGAAAUGGCGCGUCGCGGUCGCUCUCCUGCAAGACAUGCAGGAGAUCUGGGAGACUCCGCUCAGUUCAGUCCCGCUGAGCAGGAGCAGGUCGGCCCGGAGCAUGCUCUGGCAGGAGGUGGUCAAGUUAGAGUGCGUGCAGCCCGAGUGCGACCAGCCCGACGAAUCCAGACGGCUAGAUUCCCGUGACGGAAGUCAGGCAUCGAUGGCGUCCUACGUGCUCAGCCUAGGCCCAGAUGCCCCAGGCCAAGAUCCCGACAUGACGCAGAUGGCGGAGGUGGUGGCGGAACAGAGCCAGGUCCGGCACAACGAGAGCAUCAUGCCCUCAUCGCUCCGACCUGUUACCAGCGAGCGCAGCAGCCAGGUGUGGCGCCACCCAAGUAGCAUCAUGUCGCUCCGAAACUUCACCAACGAGCAGAGCUGCCAG